AUCUGAUUUAGAGCCUCCUUCUCACCAGCUGGCAAUCAUCUCCAUUCAAUCGAUGGCCAGAGACUCCACAAAGUGAAGGAUUCAAGCAACAGGGCAUCUAGUGGAGAUACUGCUUACCACCGACUUGCAAAAGCUCAGCAGAGCCGGAGACGCGGCAUCGUGAAGAAGAGUGAAUCAUGUUAAUGCCCAAGUGGAGAUAUAUAGGGAUUGCAAUAGGAUGUAUAGUCUCGAUCCACCUCCUGCUUUCGAUCCACCCCACUUACCGCGCAACCACUUCUCCCUACCGCUUUUUACCUCAAACUUCGAGCAACGAAAUCAUAUCGGGUCUGCCACCAGAGUCUGCGGUUCCCGAUGUCUCUAUCCAAUUACCGACUGCAGACGACCUCAGAGGAGCUGAUCUAAGCUCUAGACCAAGAGCCAAUGCAGUCUUUGUCGUUCUGGCUCGUAAUUCCGACCUUUGGCCUCUGUUGGAAUCCAUUCGACAGAUGGAAGAUCGGUUCAACCACUGGGCAAAGUAUGAUUACGUCUUUCUCAACGAAGAGGAAUUCAGCGAAGAAUUCAAGCGGUAUACACAAUCAUUGACAUCCUCGAACUGCUAUUACGGCUUGAUUCCGGCCGAUGUUUGGUUCCAGCCCGACUGGAUCGACGAGGAGAAAGCCAAGGCUGCUAGGGAGGAGAUGAUACGGAAAAAAGUCAUUUACGGUCAUUCGGUCCCGUAUAGGAAUAUGUGUCGAUUCCAGUCAGGCAACUUCUUCCGCCAUGAACUGCUGGCCAAGUACGAUUACUAUUGGCGUAUAGAACCCUCUGUGAAAUACUUCUGUGAUCUGAACUACGAUCCUUUCCUCGUUAUGCAGAAUGAGAAGAAGGUCUAUGGAUUCACGCUGUCCUUGUACGAAUACAUUGAGACGAUUCCAACAUUAUGGGAUAGCGUCAAGGAAUUUAUCGCGCUGCACCCCGAGUACGUAGCAGCUGACAACGCCAUGGGGUUCCUCAGUCAGGAUGGAGGCGAGACGUACAAUAAGUGUCAUUUCUGGAGCAAUUUCGAGAUCGGUGACCUCAACUUUUAUCGAUCUCAAGCUUAUCUCGACUACUUUGACUUUUUGGAUAAGAAGGGAGGCUUCUACUACGAGCGGUGGGGAGAUGCGCCCAUUCACUCCAUCGCCGCUGCUCUGUUCGCCAACAAGUCUCAACUACAUUGGUUUCAGGACAUUGGAUAUCGUCAUGAGCCUUUUCAACAUUGUCCACAAGGUGAGGCGCACACAAGAGGGAAAUGUUGGUGUGAUCAACAGAACAAUUUCGAUUUCGAAUGGUACUCUUGUACAAAUAAAUACACUGCGUUGUUUCAGUGAUGCAUCUAGAUCACGGCGAAGCCUGCGCCAACUGCUCCCACGAUCAUCAUCGCCGGGCCAACGAGUGUGAACAUGUCGAGUGAAGCCAUCGGGGACGCUGCACCCGAUGCAGAUGCAGAUG